AUGAUGCUCAUGCUUGGUUGUGUAGCGAUGAUACUGGGAAUGAUUCACGGAAGCAUCAGUAUGGCUAUGGUUUGCAUAACAUCUGUAUACCGAGCAAAACGAAUUCUGACCUGCAGCCUACUUGUAUGCGGUAUUGGCAGCCUUGUUACACCAUUGGUGGUACUUUCACAUUCGCACUGGCUGCUAGCAUUUGCUAGAGCCAUAAUAGGCAUGGGAAAUGGCGAUCACAUUGGUAUAUUAUGCUCAAUGGCGUUCACAUCCAUCUUUUGCCAGACUAAAUUUCUGGGAGGUUGGCCAGUGGCAUUUGAACUAUACGGAUUUAUCGCGCUUGGCUUUCUGGUGAUAUGGGAACUCCAUGCUGCUCACAAACCGCGGUACUCAAGCUAUGUCACAGCAUCUGAACUCGAACAUAUUCGAGGGAACCGUCUAAAACGCAGUGCCUUCUGCAACUUCUCCGAACAACCGCCGCUAAAACCGCUUCUCCUCUCUCCAUGCGUGAUUGCAAUGUGUUUAUGCUGCUUCACUCACUCAUUCAUCCUUAGUGGUCUAACAGCAUAUUUGCCUAUGUUCAACCGCAUGGCACUUCACAUGAGUCUUGACCAGUUCAACCAAUUCGUGCUAUCAUACUUAUAUGCUUAUUCACAGUUGGCUGGUACCGUGUCACCUAUCGUGAUUGCUCUUCUGGUAUCAGAGGGAAUCGAAAAAAAGAUAUUGAUCUCAUUAAUGGUCGCAUUCAUGCUUUGCAAUGGUGUUACACUUCUAGUAUUUGCGCACGGUCGUCGGGAACUGUAUGUGGAUAUUUAUGGUCAUACAACGGCAAGCGCAAUACGACGUACUACUGGAAAACUUCACAGUGAACAAGAAAUCAUUCCCGGUCACCACUCUGCAAUUCCUUAUCCAUCAACUGCAAUAAGGUAUCGUGAAGAGGAGGUCAAUAUCCCUCUGAAACCGACCAGCACGUCUAGGGAUCUUUCUGAAGAGGAGUUCACUUCGGACGACGAGUUUUGA